AUGUCAAAUCAGAGCUCAAACUCAAGAACUCAGGUGCAGCACUCGAACGUGCUUCGUUUACGUCCCACACAAGAUACACCUCCCCAUGAUUCCCACCAGCAACAUCAACAGCAACCACAAUCAUCAUCUUCAUCGUCGGCUACACAUAACCAGACAGAACCUUCAUCAGCGACACGCGAGAAGAGAAGGCAGAAGCAGAGGAAACCGGGUGUGAGGUGGACGGAAGAUGUAGUGGAUAACGAACACAUGAACAAGAAGAAGACCAAGAUAUGCUGUAUAUUCCAUCCGCAGCGCUCGUUUGAUGAAGAGAUGGCAGAUGAUCACGACCACGACCAUGGUGGGCCGUGCUCUAGCUCCUCGGAUUCGAGCAGCGAUUCUAGUGAGGAUGAAUCGGGUGAGGAUGUACUGCGGAGGAAUGGAGGGAAUAAGGUUGGCAAGCCGAAUUCGUAUGAGUAUCAGCCUCAUUAUGAGAACAAGUCUAAGUUGCCCAACUGA